AUGCUGGCUCCUGAACGCAUUGAGCGCAAUCUCGCGUUGCAUCGAGCAGCAGAAGAAGGAGAUAUCGUAGCAUGUAAAACAUUGCUAUCGAUCACGCAGCCGGGGGCAGACUGGGACGGUUCUGCUGAUGCAUGGUUUGCUGAUGAAGACAUGUUAGGAUGGGAUGCACUACAUUAUGCUGCAGAUGCUGGACACAUCGAUGUUAUACGUGUACUGCUCAAAAAUGGUGCUUUAUGGAAUGCCGUCGACGAUUUGGGAUUCACUGCUGCCGAUAUUGCUUGGUCGCGCAACCACACUAGGUGCUAUGACGUUCUGUUCGAAGAGGGUGUGCGUCAGUCUUUCUUGGUCCCUGUGAUCGCGCGACACGCAGAGGUUGACAUGCCUGUCACCGUCUCGGAAACAGAGACAAAGAACUCGGACGAAGCUGAUAGGGUGGAAUGGAGAGACACGGACGACAUGACGCAGGUAACUCUUGCGACAGGGACACAAGGCGAAGUGACGUAUUCUAAUGCAGCAUUCCUUCAAAGCCAUUUGUCGUUCAUGCAAGACGAGCAGGGCCAGUGGCGCUGUCUAGACAAGGAUGAAAAUUUGGUCAUGGCUGAGUGGGAGAAUGACAUCAUGCACGCAUCGGCUAAGGUUCUCUGUGAGGGCCAACCCGACAAAUUUUCUAUUUUGAAUGUGGGAUUUGGCCUUGGCAUUAUUGAUGAAGCUAUCCAAUCGUAUCGCCCCGGGCGUCAUGUUAUUAUUGAGCCUCAUCCAGAUGCGCUCGCUUUCAUGCGCGAACGCGGCUGGGACCAGCGCGAGGGCGUUGAAAUAUUCGAGGGAACAUGGGAGCAGUUUUUGCUACCGGAGAAUGAUGAAGACGGCAGCAUUGCCAUGAAGCUGGGAACGUUCGAUGCUGUCUAUUUUGAUACGUACUCACAAGAUUACCAAGUUCAUGGUCUAGCGGCUACGAACCCCUUCUUCUACAGCGUGUAUACGCGCGUAGCAGAACUAGAUUUGCAUGAGAUUGGGCUCACGACAGAGUGGCAAACGCUUCGUAUGCAAGUGGAAGAGAACACCUGGAAGGGUGUCAAACGCAAAUACUGGACAUUGGACGAUUAUUACCUGCCAGUGUCUCGUAUGCAGCUUGUUGACUAA